CUCCCCUCUCAUGGUCUCUCUCUUCCUCGUCUAUUUCUCUCUGUGGCUCUGUCUCCUCAUCUCAUUUCUUUCUACUGCUAUUUUCUUAGUUCAUGACUAUAUCCUUUUCAUUUCUAUUGUAAUCAUUUUAUUUGGAAGUUUAAUCAAGGCAUCGUUUUGUUGAGUUCAUAACAUUGGUGCAUUCAUUAAUUUGGACUCCAAUCCUCCAUGGCUAUCUACUUUUCUACUAUUAUCAAUUAUCAUCUCGACGCCAUCCAGGGACUGAUGAUGGCGAUGAUGGAUAAUAACACUCGUAUGCUCAACCUGCUCGACAAUAUAGAGAACAUGAUGCCUGCCUCUUCCAAGACGAUCUCCGACGCUCCACGACACUCGGACUUGGCUGUGUCUUUGCACGAUAAGUACGAACCAGAGGAAUUCUCAAAACCUUUUUUAUUGCAGAACCAGAGAUUGAUUUUGAUUUGGAUAAAGGACUCUCCAACAUUGUGCACAAUUCCGAGGAGGACAAUUCAAGAAGAUGUGCCUGCAAGGUGUUCGUUGAAAUAUCGGAUAGGGAAAUUGACAUGGAAGUUACAAAUUCCAUGAGGAGCAAUUCAGUAAAUCCUGAAACCCAGGUGUCCGAUGAAUGUUUCAACCAGUUUCUGCAUAUCUGCCUGCAUCUUUCAAGCUAUAUUCCAUGGAAGUGUUGGGAUGGACAUAGACAAGUUGGGUCAGCAGUUGAGUGCUAUGGAGGUGCACCGAUACCCAGCCAAUGGUCUUUACGAUGCACUAUACUCUGUCUCUACUAUUUGGUGCAGUGUUAAGGAGGCUAACGCUAAAGGUACAUUUUUCUCUGUAAGUUCUGACCAUAUGCAGCUAUCAGAGGUGCUAUUACUUUGUCGCAUUGGCUUUUUUGUUGCAGAGAAUGUGAUGCUUGGGAUGGCCAGAAAUCUUAGAGGGUUAUUAUGCAUCUUUCCUGAUGAAGUUAUGUAUGUUUAUGUUAUGUUGGAACUUUCUUGGACAUCUCGUAUUAGUCCCAAGCUAAAUGAGCUCUUGUCCUAUUUCAGUAAGACUGCCUUGAAAACCUUCCUGGUGGUUUCCUCUAUGAGUCACUCUUGGUUUGCUAUUGAUUCUUUCCUUGUUAAAACUCUUGUCUAUUCCUGCUUUCUUUUUUCAUUUGAAUUGCAAAAUAGGCAGCUGGUGGCCCAAUAUCAUAUGUCAAAUGCAAAAUUGCCCAUAAAUGUUAUAUUGGAUAGUUCUGAGCUUUUGGUUAAACAUGAAGUGUUUGAACCACUGUGGGAAGGGAAUUACAUUUUUAUCAAGGAUGGAAUCAGAUUGAUGCAUCAGAUUAAAUUCUUACAUGGUAGACCAACAUGGGAGUCCAGUAAGGCAUCUUUUGUAGAGUUUAUUAUGACACUUCUUGCCGCACUUUUGUAUGGGGUCAUCCAGGCAUUCGAUAAGGUUCUAAGAGUAAAUAGACAAGGAAAUUUCAUUUAUCCUAGCGGUGUACUUUGUUAUGUGGAGAAAAGGAUGAACGUUGUUGAUAUGAGCUUGCGCUUUCAUCCUUCGAUGAUUACUCCGCUUGCUUUAAAAUCAUUGAAGCUUGAUUUGCUUGCAUAUGGAAACACUAAAUUCCAAAAUGUGACCUUCACAAAGAUAGUUGCCGUCAUAGGUGGAAAUAGCUCGGGAGAAAGUAUAGUUGCAUUGCUGCUAGAAAGAUUUUAUGAUCCAAUUGACUUUAAGGAUCAAGAACCUGAAUCAUUUGCUAUUACUAUACUUGAGAUCAUAUUGUACAGAACGCUUGUAGCACAUAUGUUUAAAGUUCUAGUUGAUGCCUUUGCUGUCAUUGAGCUGGGCAAAAACUUGUUUGUCUUAUGGAGUUUUGAUGCUGAACAUAGCCUAAUUGAUAUUGUUGACGGGCUUGUUGUUGCUGCAACAAGUACACUGGGCUACAUAUUCUUCCUAGGCCACUGUGAACACUUCGGUAUGACGACAAUUUGUUGCGACUAUGCUACUAGUACGAUUCCAGACUCGAACCUUAAGGACAAGGUUCUUUUCGAGGACAUGAGUAUUGUUAUGAAUGGGUUAAACCAAAAUGAACUACUUGGGCCUGGGAGUGGGUUGCACACUAGUCAGGAUGUGAAACAGCCCAACAAGAGGUUAUUGGGCUGCAACUGGGACCCAGGUUAGAGGUACAUGUGUCAAGGAAUUACUGAACAAGAAGGAAUAUAGUUACUAUAUUUACCAAUCCGUGCAAGUAUACGGUCAGGCGAAUUGUUAUCUGGAAAACUCCCCUCUCAUGGUCUCUCUCUUCCUCGUCUAUUUCUCUCUGUGGCUCUAUCUCCUCAUCUCCUUUCUUUCUACUGCUAUUUCCUUAGUUCAUGACUAUAUCCUUUGCAUUUCUAUUAUAAUCAGUUUAUUUGGAAGUUUAAUCAA